AUGGGCAUCAAGGCUCCUCCGAGCUUGGCAUCUCCUGGAUUGUGUGAGGAUUUACUCAUCAUGGAAGAUGACCGCGUUGACCAGAGAGCGUGCCUUAUCUGUGGGGAUCGUGCCACAGGCCUGCACUAUGGCAUCAUUUCUUGUGAAGGCUGCAAAGGAUUCUUUAAGCGCAGCAUCUGCAAUAAGAGAGUAUACCGCUGUAGUCGGGACAAGAACUGCGUCAUGUCGCGCAAACAGAGGAACCGCUGCCAGUAUUGUCGACUCCUCAAGUGCCUCCAAAUGGGGAUGAACAGGAAAGCAAUCCGAGAAGAUGGGAUGCCGGGUGGAAGAAACAAGAGCAUUGGUCCUGUACAAAUUUCAGAUGAAGAGAUUGAAAGAAUAAUGUCUGGUCAAGAGUUUGAGGAGGAAGCCAACACUUCUUGGAGUAACAAUGGAGACAGUGAUCACAGCUCACCGGGCAAUGGAGUAUCUGAGAGCAACCAGCCUUCCCCUGUAUCCACACCCUCUUCAAGUAGAUCAAUGGAGCUAAAUGGAUUCACUUCUCUACGGGACCAGUAUUUGGGGACCCCCGGACCAACGCACUAUCAGUAUCUACCUCAUCUUUUUAGCUACUCUGCUCAUUCUGCUUUGAUCCCAUCGCAAACACGAAGCCUAGACCCUCAGUCACACACGCUUAUUAACCAGCUUCUAGCGGCAGAAGAUAUGGAACCACUCAACACCCCAAUGCUGAUUGAAGAUGGGUACAAGGUUACUCAGUCUGAGCUGUUUGCCUUGCUGUGUCGGCUCGCAGAUGAGCUCCUCUUCCGUCAGAUCACAUGGGUGAAGAAGUUGCCCUUUUUCUGCGAUCUUUCCAUUAAAGAUUACACGUGCCUGUUGAGCACUACGUGGCAGGAGUUGAUCCUGCUGUCCUCACUCACUACAUACAACAAACAGAUAUUCGGGGAUCUAGCAGAUGUCACCUCUAAAUACUCUCCAUCUGAAGAUGAACUACAUAGAUUUAGUGAGGAAGGCAUGGAAGUGAUGGAGAGACUCAUCUACCUGUUUCGAAAGUUCAGCCAAAUCAAAGUGAGCAAUGAAGAGUACGUCUGCAUGAAAGCCAUUAACUUUCUGAAUCAAGAUAUCCAAGGUCUAAGCAGUAUUUCUCAGCUUGAGCAGCUGAAUAAGAGGUAUUGGUACGUGUGCCAGGACUUUACAGAGUAUAGGUAUCCACAUCAACCCAGCAGAUUCCCAGACCUCAUGAUGUGUUUGCCUGAGAUUCGCUAUAUUGCUGGAAAACUGCUGAAUGUACCUCUGGAGCAAUUGCCUCUGCUUUUUAAAGCUUUUCUCCACUCGUGCAAGACAGGUGCUACUAAAGAGUAAGGAAUGAACAAAGAUUGACCGAAAUGCUGGACCAGGGCUGUCCUGCAUCAGUUGAUGGAGAAACAAAAGGACAAUUAGAGAUCCCUGAAUGGGAGAUUUAAAAAAAAGAAAAAUGUUUUUUAUUUUCUUUUUUUUUUUUUAAACUCUUUUCUUAUCUAUUUAUUUCUUGACAGAGUUGAAUGUAUUAUCUUCAACACGGGUGCACAAACAUAAAUGCAGUUGUUGCAUUUUGUUGCUGUUUACAGACCUAAAAUUUUUAAAGCCUUUUUAUGGGAGGGAUUCUCUUCUUGUUAUGGGAGAGGAUAGAUAUGUUACAGUGUUGCCAUUUUAUGUGUAAUUUUUCUUAAAUUUACCUUUUUUUUU